UAUACAUAUAAAUAUAGAUAUUUUGCAAAGCGAUGGUUUAGUGUGUGUAAUAGCGCAAAAUGUAUUUAAAUCUUAUCAAGUAAAAAGAAACAUACGAGUAUAUAUAGUAUGUAAUGUAUAGAAAAAUGUACGUUAUCAGAACGGAAAAACUUUAAUUUAAGUACAGACAUUUUUGAAGAAACUGAAACAUUUGAUACAGCAAGAUAGGUUAUGUUUUUGCACGUUAAAACACAUUAUGAUUUAUGCUUCAACAAUUUUUUAAAGAUAUCCUAAUCUUUUCUAUUACUCUGUUAAUAAAAACAAACAGCAUGAUUUCUGAUGAAUAUAAACAAUACAAUACAUGGAAUAACAUAAAAAUAAAUAAUGAUAUUUACAUGGUUUCUGUUACACAAAAAGAUAACAUAAUUAAAGUUUUCCUAACUAAUCUUAUUGAAAUAUGGAUUGACACAUUGACAAAAGAAAUUAUUUUGGAUAGAUGUCGGAAGUUAAAUCGACUUUUAAAUAUUGAAGCUCUUGAUUAUAAUGACAUUAUAUUGAAUAUUUUGAAUGAUAUAUCAAAAUAUAUUAUCAAUGCAACUGUGGAACAUAUCGAGUUGCAAGUUCAAGUAGAACGUUGUUUAAUGAAAUUUGAACUAAAUUUAACAAAAGGAACAUCAGAAGAUUUUUGGGAUUUUAUAACUAAACCUCUAUGUAUAUCAUCGAUGGAAAUUAUUCAUCAGCACAAAUUUCUUUUAGAUUUAAUAAGAAAGAAAGAUGAAGAAAUUGCUGAAUAUAAAGCAGAAGGUGCAAAAUUAAUAAGAAAGAAUAUUGAAACAAAACCUUUCAAAGAGGAACAGUUCAAAUUAACUAUUUCUAAUCCAAAUAUUAUGGAUUGCACAAAUGCAUUUCAAAGCAUGGUGAAUUUUUAUAAUAAACUUAAUUUAUACAAACGUAGUGCAAUUCCUAGAGAAUCUACAAGCAGUAGCAGCAUUAAUGAUGCUGAUGACACGCACAAAAUGGAGCAGAAUAUUAUUAGUUCUGUUCAGAAUGAUGAUAACAGUGUGUGUAAACAUGAGGAUACUUUUAUACAAAACAGCACAGAAUCUAUACAUUCUGAAAAUAAACAGCAAGGCAAAGAUACAACUAGCAAGAAAAUAACUAAGAAUAAAACAGGAACCACAAAUAUGGUACAUAGGCCUAAAAAGCUAAAAAAAGAAUCUGAACAUCUACCUGAAAUGUUACCCAGACGAGAAAAUAAAAAGAUAAAACGGAAAAGGUGUCGACAAUGCACUGUCAAUGGUUUACGGAAAGAAACUAAUUACUACUGUUCUGGCUGUAGAGAUAAUCCGGGUUUGUGUUUAGGCAAAUGUUUUAAGGAAUAUCAUAAUCUUACAUGAUAUUUAACAUUAAUUUAUAGGUUUUAACGCUACUUAUUACUUUUACCUACUUUUGCACAAAACAAUGAGAAUAAUUUUCUCAUUUAACAUACAGUUUUCUAAGCUUUCCUAUUUUUUUAGUAUCAAAAGAUUCCAAAUGAUAUUGUUUUUCAUUUUAAUUAUAUUUACUUCCAAAAGUAUAUUGACUGAUGAAUAUGAUACAUCAUUGGUUUUUUGCAUCAAUAAUUUGUUGAGUAGUAACAGAUUUUAAAGCAGUAAACUAUGUUUUACCUUCUUUUUUUAUUUUUACUUUAAAUUUUUUCCUUCCUCUCAUUUUGUUAACACAAAAAAUGUCUGAUAUACAAAAUUUAUAUCAUAAAAAGAUAUAAGUAUGUAUAGAACCUGAUUUCAAAUGAAUUAAUGAUAACUAAUUUUAUUUGUAUAUAUAAAUUAUUUAUAAUAAUCUAAAAUAUAAUUAAAUAACAUUUAAUUAAUAUAUAUAGAAUUUUAAGCCCUUUCUCUGGAUAUU